UGAUCUGUGGGAACAACGAACAAAGCAGGAACGAAAACUUCCAAAAAUAUUCCCACCGUUUGUUCAAUGAAGGGGCGGAAAUAAAAUAAAAACUAAAAAUAAUAAUAAAACAGCGUUCAGAAUGGACGAGGUGUUUUUUAAAUCCGCUUUACCUGCGCAGGAUUCGUUCGUGCUGGACGACACGAGUUUGGCUCUACCGACCGAACCGAACCCACGGUCCUUAGCCAGAGUUCAUUCAAACGACCGGAGCCUGCGGGUCCACCAGCAGGUCCAGCUCACACUGGCCCGGAGAACCCGACGGACCCUGUCCAGUGGUAGUGUCCAUUUACAGAAGACAUCAAAGAGUCCUGAUACAACGGAUGAACUGCUGCCAAAUCUGAAGGUAAAUGCUUUUAGCGUCACUCCUCGCUCGCUUUCAAGCAGCCACUUGCGAAGACCAUCCAGGAGGGUGGAAGUAUCUCGUCCACCAAGUCCAGAGUACCCUCGCACUCUCCUUCACCGCUUUGGAACCUUCACGUUCCCAAGCUCCAUCCAGGCAAAUGGGCCUAGCACUGCGCCGCAUCCCUCCCUAGGGUGGCAUUUGCAUCAGCGAUAUGCCUUUUCAGAAUCACCACGAGGCACGCGGCUUCAGGCGUCUACAUCUACACAUGGGAGGAACCACCAUAAAUCAGUCAGACAGGUAGUGGGACAACAUACGACGUUUGGAGAGGCAGCAUUUCAACAAAGUGGUAACUACGGCUCUCGGUGGAGUCAGAACCACACUGUCGUCAAGAGGGAGGCGCAAGUUGAAAACAGACAGAUGGCUGAUGCGACACUUGCCGCUAGUCAGCCAGAAAAGGGGCAGUCCUUGCAGGCUGAAGUCAGGCGGGAGGUCCAGGGGCUCCGCAGACGGAAUUCACACCCGCCAUCGAUGACCAGCGUGGAGGUCGACUUGACGAAACCGAUGGAAGUAGAGCCGCCUGUUCAGCAAAUGCAAAUCAACAACGUCAUGGCGAUGAAAGCAGAGAACAAGAUUCCAGAGAUGACAAUAGAGAGGGCCGUCAACCUGUUGACACAGGAUAAUGAGGAAACAUUGAUCUGUGCAGCCAACUACCUACAAAAUCAGUGUUUUAAGAGUGCCGACGCGAAAAAAAUGGUGUUCUAUCUCCACGGGAUUGAAAAGCUUCUGCAGCUCCUCAGCAGUGAUAGCGAGGAGGUGCAGCACGCAGCCGCCGGGGCGCUACGCAACGUGGUUUUCCAGAGCAACGAGAACAAGAUGGAGGUGAAGGAAAACACAGGCUUGGCCAAAAUAUUGCGGGCACUGAAGAGUAGCCGUGACACAGAAACCAGACGACAACUUACGGGUCUGCUGUGGAAUCUGUCUUCCCAUGACCUUUUGAAGGAACGCCUUUCCAGACAGGCUUUACCCGUCCUUACCCAGUCCGUCCUCGUCCCCAGUUCAGGCAUUUCCGAGGGGGAGAAUCCAAAAGAUGACCUCCUAGCUGACAACGAGGUCUUCCAUAAUGCUACUGGCUGCCUGCGAAAUUUAAGCUCUGCUGGUCCAGACGGUCGGAGAGCAAUGAGAGAUUGUGAGAAUCUUAUCGACUCGCUGGUCUACUACGUCCGAGGAACCAUCGCCGACUAUAAAGCAGACGACAAGUCGGCGGAAAACUGCGUGUGUAUCCUGCACAACCUGUCCUACCAAAUCGAGGCAGAGCUCCCCAAGAAAUACUUCAAGGAUUUUGGAGAAUCUCAGCUUAAUUUGGCUCCAAAGCCAAAGUCUCUGGGCUGUUUCACUUAUCGCAGCGCCAAGAUCACAGAGCACCUGGAGCAACAGUGCCCCCUGCUGGAGGAGAAGGCCAACCCCCGUGGCAUAGAGUGGCUGUGGAGCGCCAUCACGAUACGAAUGUACCUGUCGCUGAUGGCCCGCAGCGUGCGCCACCACACCCAGGAAGCCGCCAUGGGGGCCCUACAGAACAUCACCGCCGGACAUGGAGUGGUGACCGAAGCCAUCGCCCACACCAUUGUUCAGCGGGAAAACGGCCUUCAUCACAUCAGGAAGAUGCUGCAGGAGGGUGAGCGGGAUGUGAAGAUUACCGCCGUGUCGCUCAUAAAAAACCUGUCGCGCUACAGGACCCUGCACCCUGACAUUGUCAAGCAGGUGUUGCCGGAGGUGGUGGAGAUGAUACCCAGUGAUGACACCGAGCUGCCCACGGAGGCGACCGUGUCUUUGUGCAACAUCCUCGUCAACCUCAGCCAGACCGACACGCAGAACGUCAGAGCCAUCGUCAACCACGGCGCCCUCCCAAAGGUCAUCAGCAUCAGCAAAUUGGACAGCGGUUAUGGACCAACCAGAGCCAGUCAGGCAGCAUGCCUCCUGCUCCACACCAUGUGGAAACACACCGACCUGCAUGGAGCCUUCCGGAAGUGCGGUUACAGGAAAACCAGCUUCAUCAAUGCACGGACAACGAGAGCGGUGAACUUGGGAUGAGACGGCAGCCGAGAUCCAAAAUGAGGAAAUAAUGUUGCAGCACUUGAGGUCCCAAAUGUCUCAAUGCACUGUUGGAUAACCUUGGUCACGGCACCAGACAGAAUAAAGAGGGUCCAGCACAGCGGCUUUAAUGAGGACAGACAUGAGUGUUAGUUAAGCUAUAGGACAAGCAUGUCGUGUGUUAUAAUUUAUACUGAAAAUUUGUGACUUUAUGUGAAAAUAAAUGUAGGAAGUGAGUGAUUUAAAAAAAAAAUGCAUGUGA